AUGGCAUCUGUUUUGGAUCGAUCGCAAUCGGUGCCUGCCGCUUUCGUGGAUGCACGGUUGAGUGCAAAGCUGCAUGAAAGGCUGUCGCAGCAAUGCAAGGAUGUGUUCCACAUAUGGCUGAUUCACAGUCAGUAUGGCAACCACGACUUCGGCAACAACGACCCACAUGCUUUUUGCCCACACCUGUACCCGCGAAAGAUCCUGCAUGGCCAACCCUAUUCCAGCCAUCAAUUGAAUAGGGACAAAUUUCCGGACAGACCGCACUUCACUGAGAAGUACUGGCUUCCAGACUACAAUUAUCACUACGAACUUCCUGCAGCAGAUCUGGAAGUCAUUGUGGUUGACACAAAUGGAAAAGUGACACCUGACAUCAUUGGCGGGGAUCAAGGUGGACGGAAUAAGGCUGAUGCAAACUGCAGCGGCCAGGCAAUAUCUCAAGACUUUCUGGAAAAGAUAGCUCAGUCGGGUGAAGAUCUUGUGAUUGAGCGCGCAAAGCAAAACACAGCAGGCACCAUCUUGCUCCUUCAGCACUACCCAGGGAAAUGCCCCCGAGAGACAUUUGAGAAUGCCUUACCAGCCAGCCGGAAAGAAAAAGUGAAAGUGCUUUGUGCUUAUGGCCACGAACACACCCAAGGCUGUGAAAAGAAAGACAAGUCAGGCAUGUGCAUAGAUAUCCUGACGGGUGGUGGCGGAGGCUGUUGCGGCCCAAUAGUGGAUCUGGCAGGGUUCACUGCUGUGCACUUGGACAGUGGAUUUGGGGCAUCUGUCGAUGUGGAGAGCUCAUCAGUUCGCUUACCAGCAGGCAGUUGCAAGUGGUGA